GCGUGCCCUUUGAAAAUUCCACGGCUCAUGCGAACGAAAUGAUAUCGAUUAUGAACGUAGUGAUCCCCUCCCAAAUCCCUAAUCGGCAAAACCCUAUCAUUUCAUAUCUGAAAUCAAAAGGUUCAUUCUCAUCGCCGGCGAUGGAGCUCCUUCAACCGGAGAAACGAACAGAGGCAAAUCCACAAACCCCCGAGUCAUCGGAAAACCCUUCAGAUUCCGAUCCUCUGUGUCCACCGCAAAAGAAAACUAGGGAUUUGCCCAACUUGACCGAAUGCCAUGCGUGUGGCUUCAAGGUUGACGUUUGCAACGGUAAGAAGGGGCUCCGAACCCUUUAUAGCGAAUGGCGUGUAGUUCUUCUCUGCAACAAGUGUUUUUCUUCUGUUCAAUCCUCCAAAAUUUGCUCAUAUUGUUUUUCCGAUACAUCUCCUGAGUCUCUUCGUUGCGCCCAGUGUCGGCAUUCUGUGCAUGAAAGUUGCUUCUUGAAGUACAAAGACGCUGCUCCGUGGUCCUAUGCUUGUUUGGGCUCCGAAUUUUCUGUCUGUGUGGAUUGUUGGAUUCCCAAACCAUUGGCAAUUUCUAGAGCAAGAAGAAGAAGAGUGAAGAGUGGGAUGAUUAAGAAAAAAGAGGGUAGGGUUAUGCUAGCGAAGGGUAGUUCUAGGGUUUUUGGGGGUAGACAAUUGGUGAGGUCUAUGGAGGAUGUGGUUAAAGAUGCAAACAUUGCGGUGGAGAAGAAGGUUGAGGCAGCUGCUAGGGCUAGAGAGGAGGCAAUAAAGAAAGCUGUGGUGGCUAGAAGGGCUGUUGAGUUGGCAAACAAUGCUUUGAGUUUAGUAGAAAACAGGGGAGUGAGCAGUCUGAAUCUUCCUCCCAAGAUUGAUGCUGUUAAACUUGUUGAUGGUUCAGAGUUGACUAUUGAGUUGCAUCCGCAUUUGAAUAACUCGCCAAGGAUUUCAAAGAGUUGCUGCUUAUUGAAUACAAGUUACUUGGAUACUCCAAAGAGGUGGGCUUCUGGUGUUGACUCAUCAUGCAAGACAUCAAUCUCAAGGAAUGCUAGUGGUUGUGAUAAGCAUGAACUAUCCAAUGAUAAUAAGCAAUAUGAGGACUCUCAGAAAUCUUUAUGUGAACCUUCGGUUUCUAUAGGAUCUUUGGAUAGUGAUUCUUCAACUGAUCUGAAUCGUCUCUGCAUGGGCAGAAGUGACAUGAAAACUUGUUCAAAAGAAGGUGAACACACAACUGAAUUCGAUGUUGAAGAGAUAGGGGAAGAUCUGCUGAAGGAAGGGGAGGGAAGUUGCUCUGAUCGGCUGAUGACCUUUGGUGGAGAAGAUAGUGGCAUGGAACUUGAUCGCAAGCAAGCAGACUCUGCAUUGCAUGGGGAAGAUAGAUGCAAUGGGCAGCCAGAUCGCUAUUUCUUGAAGUAUAGUAGGAGAAAUUGUAGUUCAAAACCAAACCUUGAUAAUAAGCCCAAAAUCCUUUAUAAUAAGAUUUAUCUUGGGAGUCAGGACUCGACUGUUGGGGUUCCAUUCAAUUGUUCUGUGGAAUUAAGAACAAUAUCUAAUGCUUCAUGUCAGUCAUUUAAUGCUCAUUUGUAAGCAUCAGCUUGUGAAAGUGGAUAUUCCAGAGAGCCAUCCUAGAAGGGAACAGCUGACUUGGACGUCUUUUACUGUAUCAACCUCAAAAUGGUCGCAAGUUUACUGGAGCUGAAGUUUACUGCUGGACUCUUGGUUAGUUAUCAUUUAUCGCUUACAGCUCUGUGUGCGGUACCAUGUGGGUUUCAGGUAAUUACAGGUAAAGCUGAUAGUGAUAACCUUUCAUGUGAGUAAUGCUUGAUCUUUAGAUGAAUUGCGGGGUUAGCCAAGGGUUAUGCCUUUUUUCUUUUGAUUUUGUUUGUUCAUCUUUUGUUGUUUUUGGUAUGAUAUCCUCACCUGUCUAGUUAUACUCAUUGACGUUGAGAAUUUUGCAACGUGCUUACCACGUCACGUUAAAGAAAUGAUUGAAUUGAGCUAUCUUUGUAUCAUAUGGGUUGAACUGUAGAUCUUCUUACUUUCAAUAAAGAAUCUGUUAAUUUUCUUGUAUCAAAUAUGCAAACUGGGCUGUUCGCAA